GUAUCGCUUCAACCCGUAGAAUAUUAUAAUAAGUUACCUUCUGAACCCAAUGUUGAUCAUGUUAUAGUUUUAGAACCAAUGAUAGCUACAGGAGGGACUGCUGUUGCUGCAACCAGUAUUCUUAAAGAUUGGGGUAUUAAGACAAAAAUCAAAUUUAUUACCGUGUGUGCUUCGCGUCAGGGUCUUGAACAUUUAACAAAAAACCAUCCUGAUGUUGAAGUUUUUGUUGGAGUAAUUGAUGAUGUUUUAGAUGAUCGCGGGUUAGUUUUGAUUAAUUCUUUUCGAGAUGAGAAUAUAAAAUGA